ACAAGUGGUCAGAUGUAAUAGAUUCUCGGAAGUAUGCGGUAGAUACGGGUCGGAAAAAGUAAUAAUGAAGGCUUAAAAUUUAGAUUCUGUGAUUUUUUCAACUAAAAUAAGCAAAUACAUAUUUUUGAAAAACAAAAACCUCUUGGAGAUACAUUCUAACUUGUUUUAAUUAAGCAAUAAUCGACUCCUAUAGAAACACGACGCCGUAAAAGAUAUCUGUGUGCUGGCGGCUAAUGUUCCUUUUGAUGUGUUUAUUUUGUUCCUUGCAUUCUCAUAACGAAGAACAAGAACAUCUUUAUCUUUAUUUACCCGCGACUAAUUGGCUAAAAAGGAUGAGAUAAUUUCUUUGCAGAUAACAAAAAUAGCUAUCAAAAAAUCAAUCAACGAGUUAAUAUAAAACAACACCACCUGUUAGUUUAUGAUUCUAGCUUCCAUAGUACAUAUUCCAUAAAAAAAAGGCAAAACACUUACUUUCAAUUUUCGUGUUGUGUUGAAGAGCACAGUCACUAUCAAGUUGGAGGCGGCGCAGAACAUGAAAACUUCUUGAGCAAAGAAGAAAAAAAACAAAGUUGACGUACAUACUGAUUUGAUUUUUUUUUUCUUUUGUGAUUAUUAGUAUCGAUAAACAACAUACAAGACACACAGUGGAAAAAAUUUAGCAAUACGGCAAGAUAAGCCAACCGUGGAGACCAUAUAAAAUAGUAAUAAUAAUAAAGAAAAUAAUUGGACGGCAUAUUUGAAAGUAAUUAAACUGCAAUCGAAACUAUAAAAUGGCCGAAGUUCGACGUAGAAAAGUCGAAGAAGCCGGAGAUGAUGCCACCAACACUCAAUUGGGAUCCAGCGCUGGAACAUCGGCCGAGGCCGAGAAACGCAAUUCUUCAGCAGCCGAAUCUUCAGAUCAUAUUGAAUCAGAAGAUGAGAAGUUGCUAGAGGAAAAAUGUUUAGAUGAGUUGUCCAACUUGUUGCCUCAGGGCACAGAUAAAAAGCCAGAAAUUCUUGAUUCAGCCCUGAAGGAUUUACCAGAGAGAUGGAAAAAUUGGGUUAUACGAGGUAUAUUCACAUGGAUUAUGAUAUGUGGUUUUUGCCUAAUCAUCUAUGGAGGACCGUUGGCCUUGAUGAUUACGACGCUAUUGGUACAAGUAAAAUGUUUCGAAGAAAUCAUUUCCAUUGGUUAUCAUGUCUAUCGUAUUAAUGGCCUACCCUGGUUCCGUAGUUUGUCAUGGUACUUCCUUCUCACUUCCAAUUACUUCUUCUAUGGCGAAAAUCUGGUUGACUAUUUUGGAGUUGCCAUUAACCGAGUGGAAUACCUGAAAUUUAUGGUCACCUACCAUCGUUUCCUUUCAUUUGCCCUAUAUUGCAUUGGCUUUGUUUGGUUCGUCUUAUCGCUGGUCAAGAAGUACUAUUUAAGACAGUUCAGUCUUUUUGCCUGGACCCAUGUGUCCCUGUUGAUUGUUGUCACCCAAAGUUAUUUGAUCAUACAAAAUAUUUUUGAAGGUCUCAUUUGGUUCAUUGUUCCAGUUUCCAUGAUAGUGUGCAACGAUGUUAUGGCAUAUAUGUUUGGGUUCUUCUUUGGCAAAACACCUCUGAUUAAACUGAGCCCCAAGAAAACCUGGGAAGGUUUUAUUGGUGGUGGUUUCGCCACGGUGAUCUUUGGUCUUAUUUUCUCAUACAUUUUGUGUAAUUUCCAAUAUUUUGUAUGCCCCAUUGUAUACUCGGAAGAAUUGGGAAGCAUGUCCAUGAAUUGUGAGCCCAGCUAUUUGUUUACACCCCAGGAAUACAGUUUGAGUGUGUUUGGUAUUGGAAAAUCUUUCAGAAUGUAUCCCUUUGUAUGGCAUUCAAUUUCAUUGAGUUUGUUCAGUUCAAUUAUUGGUCCAUUCGGUGGUUUCUUUGCUUCCGGCUUCAAGAGGGCAUUUAAAAUUAAGGACUUUGGUGAUGUGAUUCCCGGCCAUGGUGGUAUUAUGGAUCGUUUUGAUUGCCAGUUUUUAAUGGCCACAUUUGUGAAUGUAUACAUUUCUAGUUUCAUAAGAACACCAUCUCCAGCUAAGCUCUUAACACAGAUUUAUAACCUCAAAAUCGAACAACAAUUUCAAAUCUUGCAAUCGCUUAAAGAGUCACUUGGUGAUGUUUUAAAUUAGUUUAAUUUAUUGCAUUAACUAUAUGAAUGGUUGCGAAUAUUGAUUGAGGUCAAUAUAUUUUUUAUAUUUAGCAGUGGCACUCGACUCUUUUUUUAUUAAUUUUAUUUAUUGUUUUUAAUUAAGAGUUUUUUUUUCUUAAAAUGCUAUAUUGUUGUUAUUUUUUCGAUGGACUAGCGCGUCGGUCUUAUGAUUAAACUAUGCCUUAGACUCCAGGGCUAAUUGAAUCAUAAUUGUAUUUGCAUCUAGCCGAAGUAAGUUCUCUUUAUUUAAGUUAAGCUAAUUUAACAAGUUACUCACUUAGUUUGGUUUCUUUUUGUUUAAUUUUAUAUAUAUAUAUAUAAUUUUUUUUUGUUUUACAAAAAAAUAAUAAUAAUUUACAUAAUUUUUCUUAUGUAAAACAACUGCUAAUGUGAGUGUAAAUGUUUUCAUGUACACAUUUCUUUUAAAUAGAAUUUAUUUAAAUAUUAGUCUAUAUAUUUGUGACGCCGAAGAGGUUUUUCGAAGAGACUUUUAUUGAGUUCAAACAAGAGAACGAGAGAGCAGAGAAAGAGCGAAGAUGAAGAAAACUAUUCCAUUUAUCAAACAAAGAACAAGAAAACAUUCAAAUUGUGUUGUAAUGCCUCCCCGCCCCCCUCCCCUCACAUGCAACACAACAAAUAAAAAAAAAACAACACAGAACAAACAUAAUUUUUAUUAAGUGAUAAGUUUUUAAAUGUAGCAAUGAUGAUGGAAAGAACACCUAAUACACCAAAAAUUAUAAAUGAGAGAAGUAAAAAUAAGUAAACAACAACAUGCAAAACCAAGCAAACCAACUAACCAACCCAGUCCCUCCUUUGAUAAGGUAACAAAAAUUGCAAAAAAUCAACAACAACAAACAAUACAAAAUAAGUGCAUUCAUGUUCAGCCUACCUAUUCUUAAUAUACAACCAGGAUUCACUAAUCGAAGGUUAGGUCACUUGCGAAAACAUAACGUGGACAGGCCCCAUUAACAAAUCUGCCGAUUGAAUAUGACAUCAAAUAGGAGAAAACGUAAACAAAGAAAAAAUGCAAAUUUUGCCCAUGAACCAAUAAUGCAUGUAAAAAGAGAGCAAGUUGACAUCCUCAAUGCCAACAACUGUUAAAAAUUAAAGAAAAUUGUAUGUCGACUGAUCGCUUGGCUUUAAUCUUAUUCAGUGAAUCCUGAUAUACAACCUAACAUACAUAAAUCAUUUUUAGUCUAAUUUAUGUUGUCGUUUUAUUUUUUUUUAGUUUUUUUUUUUUUGUUAAUUUAGUGCAAUGUAGUUAAUGAAUUCUAACAAGUCAACUAUAUAAAAUCCAAAGUGAAUACUACCAUAUAACUAAUUAUAUUUGAAUAAGAAAAAUGAAUACAACACUGUGGUUCAUAUACAUAAAUAAAGAAAGUUAUAAUACAAAAGAAAAACAAUGUGCUGUUUAUAGGCAGUGGAAUAUUUCAAAUGAAUCGUAGAGUCUUGCAGCACCUAUAAGCAAGGUGUCCUGUAGGCUACAAUUACACUCACUAAGACAUUUUAGGCCAUUGGAAUACGCUGAUACUUAACUUUAAUUGGCUAUGACUAGAGAUGGGCGAUGGGUAAAUACCCAAAAAGUAGUUACCCGGUAAAAUGGGUAAAUACCCGGGUAUUUACCCAUUUGUACCAAAAAGUUGGGUGUUUAUAAUUUUGCAGAUAUCGUGGGCAUAAAUCUCGGGACCGAGCCCCCCACCCAUGAUUUUGUCCAAAGAUUUUAUUCUAAACAAAAAAUGUCAUUAACUUUUCUUAUAACGACAAAAUUUCAUAUUUUUAGUGCCGCCUUAAAAUUAUUUUUUUUAAGGACGAAAUUGCAAUAAAACUCUUAGUAAAAAUAAAAUUUUAAUACAAUUUUUUUCUACAAAAAAUUUAAAAUUUCAGCGUUAAAUUCUCUUAUGACAAAACUUCAGCACGGCUCGCACCCCUUCGAAAUUAUGUUUUAAAGACAAAAUUUCUUCUAAAGACAACAUUUUUAUAAAAAAAAAAAUAGCUGACCCGGGUCCGCUCCGCUGCGCCUUCUUUUACUUUAUAUGGAACAAAAUUUUCCUUGGAAUAUUUAUUUUCGACAAUUAAAGAGCUUUUAGUGAAAACGAAUUUGAUAUCCUAUUUUGGGGUCAUGUGUUUGGGGGACGCCUCAUCGUGUAAACUCCCCUAAACCAAUGCUAAUAUGGGGUUUAAAUAAAUGGUAUUUGAAAGAAGAGCACGAUGCUGAUAUUUUUCAGGGCCAAGUGUCUGGGGGACCUGGGAAAUAAAGUAUUUUAAGAAUGGAGAUACCUUACAUCCAAACUUAAAUUCGUAGACUGAUAAAGAUCAUAUGGGAUUCAGAUAAAGCGACAUACUAUUUUCGUAGCAUGGUAAUAGUAUGUCGCUUUAUCUGAAUCCCAUAUGAUCUUUAUUAGUCUACGAAUUUAAGUUUGGAUGUAAGGUGUACUCCAUUCUUAAAAUACUUUAUUUCAGCCCGAUAUUCUCAUGACAGACACUUGGCGCUGAAAAAAUAUCGUGCAUCGUGCUCUUCUUUCAAAUACCAUUUACUUAAACCCCAUAUUACCAUUGGUUUAGGGGAGUUUACAAGAUGAGGCGUCCCCCAAACACAUGAGCCCAAAAUAGGAUAUCAAAUUCGUUUUCUAAUCUCAUAUACCUUUCUUUAGAGCCACACAUUGGCAUGGUUGAAAAAUUUUUACCUUUUGGGGGGUGUUUUGGGGAAGGGAUGAUGCCCUUGGUCCUACAUUUGAAUAUCAGAUUCGUAUUCUACUCCCAAAGUCCUUUAUUUGAGCCCCAUAUUGCGAUGGUCAGUAAAAAAUUGCUGUUUGUGGGGUAUUAUGGGAAAGGGGUAGACCCCCAGAAAAUUGGUCCCGAAAGUGGGUAUCAAUUCUUGCUCUACCCCCCAAUACCUUUCAUUUGAGCCAAUGUGGACAUGGUCGGUAAAUAUGCCCGAUUUAGGGGUGUUUUGGGGAUUGGGUUGGUCCCCCAAACACUAAGCCUGGAAAAUAUAUCAGCAACGUGCGUGCUCUAUUCUCAUAUAUCUAUAUAUCAUUUAUUUGAACCCCAUAUUGCCAUUGCCCUUAAAAUUGGAUAUCAAAUUCGUUCUCUAAUCUCAUUUAAAUUCCUUAUUGCAAAAGUCAGCAAAUAUGUCCGGUUUGGAGUAAUGGUCCUAAAAACUAUAAAUAUUUAGUUCCAUUCUCUUUAAGACCCAAAUUGUCUUGGUGAGAAAAUACGUCCUAUUUGGGGGUUGUUAUGGUGGUGGGACGUCCCCUAGACAAUUGGUCCCUAAUGUUGAUAUCAGAUAAGUGGUCUACUCCCAAAUACCUUUAAUUUGAGCUCCACAUUUCCAUAGUCGGCAAAGAUGACCGGUUUGGUGGGUUUUUGGGGGAUGGGCGGCCACUCAGUGAGUUGGCCUUGAAAAUAUAUAUCGGAUUCGUGUUCGCACUGUCUACUCACCUAUAUUUGUCCAGCUUCCUGAUGUCUGCCUGCACACCGAAGAUUUAUUUCUCCUUUCCUAUGCCUGUCCUUGCCUUUCUUUUAUAUGGUCAUGCUCAUGGCAACCUACUUCCAAUUCACCACGGCAGCGCUAGUCCAAAACAAAAUAUUCUCUCCUGCGUAUGUUCGCUGCUGCGGCUGACUGACUAGCCAGCGUGGAGUCGUUCAGUCUGGUAAAAAUGAAAUUUUUUAUUCCACUAAGGAACAGUGGCAAACUUCAUACCAAUGAGUGCAGUCCGAUUCAUGUUUAGGUUCAAUGAUAAGGGCCCUCCUUUUUAUAGCCGAGUCCGAACGGCGUGCCCCAAUGCGACACCUCUUCGGAGAGAAGUUUUACAUGGCAUAGUACCUCACAAAUGUUGCCAGCAUCGGGAGGGAAAAAUAAAUUUUUUGAUGGUCUCGCCAGAAUUCGAUCCCAGGCGUUCAGCGUCAUAGGCGGACAUGCUAACCUCUGCCAUACGGUGGCCGUGGCUACGGUUUUGGAUAUAGCUGCCAUAUAUCCCGAUUUCCCGGUAUAGUGUAAUCAGCCUAUCAAAGGAGCAUUUUUCGUCCUAUUUCGAUGAAAUUUGGCACAGUGAGUGCGGUUUAGAUCGGAUUAUAUUUGGACAUAGCUGCCCUAUAGACCGACCACCCGAUCUCCCGAUAUAUUAUAUUGAGGCCAUAAAAGAUCCAUUUAUUACCCGAAUUCGAUGAAACCCAUUCCUGUCAAAUGUGGCACAGAUCGGACCAUAUUUCUAUAUAGCUGCCAUAUAUACCGAUCUCCCGGUAUAGUGUAAUCAGCCUAUAAAAGGAGCAUUUUUCAUGCUAUAUCGAUGAAAUUUGGCACAGCGAGUUCCGGUAUUCCUCUAAACCUUUUCGUUGAAUAUAAUGCAGAUCGGAUAUAUAGCAGCCAUAUAGACCGAUCUCUCGAUAUAGAGAGAUCGGUCUAGCAUAUAGAGAGAUCGGAGCAUUUUUCAUCCGAUUUGGAUGAAAUUUAAAACAGUGCGAUUUGAUAGACCUCUACACUUGUUUGUUGAAUAUCGUCUAGAUCGGACCAUAGUUGGAUAUAGCUGCCAUAUAGACCGAUCUCUCGAUUUGGAUUCAAACCAUAGCCACCAUGUUACUACUUUAUGUGGCCUACCCGUUGUCAGGUUGAAGCUAAAAAUUUUCCGGUCAGGCCUCGUAGCCAAAAGACUACUACUAUUUGGACUCCAAUGGGAUUUGGAAUAGAGGAUGGGUAGAGGAAUGGAGGAUAGAUAGAGGUUAAACAGUGCCGGAGAUAUCACUCCGCCUUGGGGAACUCCCUGUUUCACUCUACGGUGAUAAUUCGUGACCCAGCGUUCUAGGCCUGGCUGUAGGGACGUGUUGGCAAUGUCUUCAAAUAAUUUGGCACGGCUGAUAGCAGUGAGGAUCGUCCUAUCACUUCAAUCCCAUGGCGGACGAUGGUACGCACCAAAUUGACCCGAUGAAAUUUUCGUCGGCAAGGGUUGCUGCCCCAGUGUACGUAUUCGUACUUUUUUUGUCAUGGGAGAGGUACAGAGUGUGCCUUCUCCGCACGCUUCUGGUCCGUGCCGGGAUUGAAAAGAACACUGGACCCUGGUUCUGUUCGGUUUGCCAGACCCGCCUCCCACAUCAUUCGGUAUCGGUGAGGUGUAACCGUUGCAUGGAGUGGGUACAUUUCCGAUCUUCGGCAUCGUCGCCUUUUGCGUCCUCGUCACCGGAAAGCUCUUCUCCUUAAUCUUAAGCUAUUAGUCGAAUAUGGCAUUUUAUAGAAAAAAUUUGCUCCUGGAGAGAAAUGUGGCCACAACAUGAAAGAAGAUGGACGUCUCAAAUUGGAGGGCGGACAGGAGAAAAGGAGCCAAGUCUCGGCUCCUUUUCUCCAAGUGCUCAUCCAUACUAGGAAACACUUUCAGUAUCUCUAAUAUUUUGCAAGCACGAGGAGGGGGCUGAUCUUGGAUUGUUACUCAAUCGAUGAGGCGGCGACUUCAGAAGGACUACGAUUCGAACACGUUUCCAUGUACGAAUGAAAUAACCUCGUAUGGGUAAGAAUCGAUUCAACAUGAUCUGUUAUAGCCUUCCAAAUUCUUUUACACAUCUAUCCAGUCAUACCAUCCAUACUAGGUGACACUUUCAGUAUCUCUAAUAUUUAUAAACUUGCAGAAGGCACAAUCAUCUCCACCCUGAAAGCCUGUUCGUGGCAUCACACACUUUCCAAGAAUGUAAAGCAAUUAAAAUUUUGUUCUUAAGUGGCGGAAUUUGGGGCUGUAAAAGUUGGGGUGUUCGACUAAUAUUUCGAAAACUUUUUAGUUUCAAACGUUUGUCUACCUAGACCGCUUGAGCAAUCCUAGUAUCUUCCGAUUGUUUAUAUUCCACAAGUCUAAAAAAAAUGUGAAUUUUGUUUGCAAGUGAGGGACACGCAUACAGCGCCUAUGACUAAAGUCAUCAGGAGACAAAGUCUUCAACACCCUCCACACUUGCAAAUACAAUUUGCGAAAACAAGAUCGUCAAGUCACUUGCCGGCGUUACUAAGAAUGUAUGUCCAUAGUGCCAAGGGGUGGAUUAACAGCCUAAUCCUUUUUUCAACCUAACCUAAGCUGAAGACUAGGAAACCUUAUUGACCACAUAUAAACUAUGAUAAACUAUACAGCCCCUAUGUAGACUAGCCAACUGAACGACACGCAGUGGAGUAAGAUUCAAACCUGCUAAAAUUCUGCUAUAAUAAUGGCGGUAUGCGGUCUUCUCAGUUCUCAUAUGGACCAACUUUAACAGGAGACGAAGAUCCAAUAUAUUUCUAGACAAUAGGAAGUAUCAAUUGGACUGUUUUCGCAGCAGCCAACCAAAUCAUCAGAAACCACCCUCCAAAGUCGUAUAUUAUAUCUUCAUGGCCCUUAGCUAGAAGUUCUGCGCCAAACAAGAGAGGCUCUGCUUCAAUUAUGGUGUAAGACGGGUCAAAAUAGCAUUGACUUGGAUAUGCUAGGCGAUGGAAGUGGUAAAUCGCGGUAAAGAUGUCUGGCGGACACAUAGACCGAUUUCAACAAUAUGAGACUUAAAUGAAAGGUAUAGCGAAGACCCAUAUACAAAUAUGGCAUCAAAAUUUGAAGAUCUGUAUUGUGGGCAUGCAAUUUGGUAUAUCUUGGUGGCCUGAUCGUUGUAGCAUGACCGGAAUAACUUUAUUAGUUCCCUGCAAUUUUUAGGGAUGAGAGUUUUCCAGCGCUCACUCUACUUUCUCUAUCUACUGGCGAAGAAAGCGAGUUAUCCUUGCAGUCUACUACACUACUACCUAUAAAUAUCAACUUUUAUUCUGUAUUAUACCCAACUUUUGUUCAUAUGAACCACAGUGUAAAAAUUUAAACCAAAGCUAAAAAGAAACAAAGUUUUCACAUUUUUGUCCAUACAUAUUCACAUCAUUAUAACAACAGCAAAAAAACCAUUUUUAUGAACAUCUUAUUAGAACAAUUUUGAAAUUAAAAAAAAGAAAAACAUCUCCACUUAAGGAACAACAUCUUUAAACUCUUUAAUGUGUGGUUAUAAAAAUUUGUUAAUUAUGCGAUUGGCAAUUUUAUUGAUAGGGAAGACCGAUGAUAAAGAAACCAAAAGACCAGACUUACAUACGAAUACAUAACUAUUUAUAUAUUGUUAAAUUAUAAAACAAAACUAUUAAAAGAACCAGAAAGAUACCGAACACUAUAUAUGUAUAUUAAAUGGUGAUAAUUAAAAAAAUUAUAUAAAAAAUAUAAGAUUGAUAAGCUAUUUUACGUUCUCUUAAAAAAAAAAACAAAAACUUAAUGUCAUGUGUAAUUUAAUGAUAUGAAAAAAUAAAACAAACAAAAAAAACUACAUGUGAAUGUACAA